UUUUAUUAUUUUUUACGGUGGCGCCUUAAAGGGUAUUAAACCUAAACAAAAACAUCUUUAAUAAAUUGAUGGCAUGAAUUUCAUGCUAUAUUCUGUCUUUAUUUUCAUUCAUUUUACGAUUAAUGACUGUAUAUUUAUUGCAUGAUCGAAUUUUAAAACUGUGGUUUUUGCUUGUUACUUCAAUGCUAAUGAUCAUCUGCUUUGUAAUCUGUUAAACUCAUCAUUGCUAUUUGGAGAGUUCAUCUGGAAAUAUGUCAGAUAGUUUUUUACCGGCAUCCACAAGUAGUAACAACCUACCUCGAGGAUUGGUGAGUAAAUCGGGUCUACCAUUAAAUCCAAACCAAAGGUUACCCUCCUUGAGAUCAAGCUUAUCAAAACCUAGUUUACUUUUCCAAUCAAGUGCCUCCUUCAACCAAAAUCUCUUAACUCUGAACAAAUCUCCUGUGAAACGAGCUUACGAACCCAAUAUGCCGGAUUGCAGGAAAUCAAAUGAGAGUAAACCCUUUCAAAAUUGUGUCAAGCAAGGUAAAAAUGACUGGAAAGGAUCUCCUCUCAAAGCAAAAAGACAAACUACCAAAAAACCGAAAAAACUUAUCCAAUUGGAGUCACCUGUAUUCACUGGAGAUUCAAGAACGACUCGUAAAACUCCGUCAGAGACUACGAAAUCAGAGAAAAAAUCCAAGGGCAAAAAAGCACCAAACUCAUCAUUAUCUUCUACAUUCCAGGAACAGACAGAAGAUUCAAUUGAACCAGCAUUCAUUGAAGGAAAACUCUAUCAAGAUGACUUUAUUGAUAGGUCCAACGAUAAGGAAAGUGGAAACAUUGAGCAUCUACCUCAAGGAUGGGAAAGCUUAUCAUUACCGACACCAAAGUCAUCCUCUAACUCUAUUAAUGAAGAUUGGUUAUCAAGCUCAAAAGGAGAUAAAUUCUUUCUAUUCCAGUUGCCCAAAAUGUUUGAGAAUAACGCUAACAUGAAAUUGGGUAAACUCAGAGUAUAUGAGAGUGGGAAAGUUGAAUUAGUUGAUAAUCCAAGUGACUUAACUUUCGAAAUCGCUAAAGUCGGACAUCCAGAAGUAAAUAUUUUAAACAACACCCCAGUCUCAUUGGAUAACGCAUCAAUCAAUAAAACUGAAGAAAAUGUUGAUGUGAAACAAAUAACUCAAGACUUUGUUGCACCCGUAAUUAAUCGAGAAGUUGUCGUGUAUUCUGGAAGGAAUCUCGUUUGUCUUGGUAAACUUGAAGCUGGUGCAGCUAUAGUGAUACCUAAAAUACUUAAUAAUGGCUGAAAAUUCGUUGAGCAAUAUUAUAUUCAAAUUAUAAUGCCCUUUUAAAACAAUCUUUAAUUCUGUCUCACCAAUUGACACAUUUUUUAUUAUUUAAAUACAUUCGGAUCAGAUCUGACCAUUAUUCAAUGACGCCAGUUUCCGUUUACUUGAAAUCCACCUUUAUCUCUGAUGUUUAAUCUCACAACUAAUUUUUUUAAAGUCAUAUUAGCUACAAUUUGAAUUGCUUAUUAAGCAUGUCUGAAAUAAAAAUUUUUAAGUUUCAUUUAUAAAUUCAAUUUCUUUUAUUACAAAUCAACGUAAAAGACGUGAUAAACUUAAGGAUAAGAUUACCUGCAAACCAGAAAAUAUUCAAACUUCUAUAUUUUUAUUAUUAGAAGUUGCUCUAAAUAGGUAAAUCAAUAAUUCAAUACUGGUCUACGUAUUGUAAAAAUGGACAUGAUGAUAAUCAUAUGAUAUUUCAUUAAUCAUUGCCAUUCCAUUCAAAAUAUCUGGAUCGAUAUGGUCUAUCUGUUUGAAAUCUUUUGUAUACUAAUUUGCGGACAAAUUUUACGAUCAUCCGGAGAAAAUAUUCGUCUUUCAAGUUUAGAUUGCCAAAAUUAUCAAAAUUCAUCGAUUAUUCCAAUAUGGCAAACUCCAGAUCAAGAGACUAUUUUAUCCGAGAUAUGUGAUUUAGUGGUAAUUUUAAGUGGCCUAAAAAAUGAUGAGAGUGACCUUAAUGAAAAUUCUAAUACCAAAUCUGAUAUUCAGUUGACCAACUAUCGGUUAGAACUGCUUCUAUCUUCCAGUCCUUUUAAUAAUGAAGCCAGUGGCAUCGCCGACAUUUACCAAACCGAGGAAAUAGUAUUACCAGAAGAAUCAAACGUUACAUCCAAAGGAGACCUUUCGAUCAAUUGUAGUUCCAAAGUCAAGAUCCAACCUGUUGAUCUAUGUGGCUCUAUUUAUAUAAUAAUUAAUUUAAAAAAAGUGGAUCGAGUGGUUGGUAUUGCAAUUGGUUCUCUUAGCCAGGAAAUCGAAGUUAAAUGUCCUUCUGAUGAAAAAGUUAGCCUUCGAUUACAAGUUAAAUACGAAAAUGGAUCUUUGGUUGAUACCUCAGUGAAAAAUCGUUUGAUUAUCAAAACCAAUGGCAAUUCUCUAGAAGCUCUCAAUGGAAUCAAAUUCAUCUUAACCAAUAAUGGCUAUUCUAGUUUUCGUCGGCGGUGUGGAAUCAAGGCUCUUCAAACAAUCGCUUUCCUUUUACCAGUUUACCGUGAUCCAUCAUCUGAUUUUGUUGAAAUUGACGGAAAAAGGUUUUUCAAUAUCGCUAAUGGCUAUUAUCUUCAAAAUGGUGAUAAAUUAGUCCGAGAGAAACGAGGCUUUUGUUCACCAUUUAUUCAGAUAAACUCAAGUGUCCCUGUUAAUAUUACUUGGUUCAAUUUGAUUGGUUUCACUUCACUACCAUCAGAAUUUGACUUACUGAUCAUUUUAGAUCCAUUUAAAAUCGAUGAAACAAUCCAGAAAUCAUUGGAACCAAGCAUAUUCACUUUCUCAUUAAAAUUACCUGCUGAUAUUGGUUUGCUUAAUACGACAAAAUGCACUGGUUUGGUUGUUGUUUAUCCGGCAAAUUCUUGUCAUAUCUUGAUAGUUCACUCAAAUGGACGAUCACCACGUAAAAUAAAUUACUUUGGCUAUGAAUUGUUGGACAAAAAGCUUUUCCUUUUGGAGUCUCAACAAGAUACAGUUAAACCUUCAUUGACAACUACUUUGGUGAACAAAUAUUUUUAUCAGACUUGGCUUAUUGGACAAACGGUCAACGUUAUUGGUUUAUAUAAACAAAGUUGUUCAAUAAAUGAUAAAUCAAUAUCUAUUUGUGAACAAAUCAGAAUAUUGCUGUUUGAUAUAUCCACGGUUAUUGGAAAGAUCAAGGUAAUAACACCUUGGGAAGAAGAGCAAGUCAACAAAUUAAUUUUAUUAAGCAGAGUUACCUCGACAUUGAUUAAAGAAAUAAUAAAUGGUGAUCUUGUAUCACUUUUUCUGCCAACUAUAAAGAUUUUCCGUUCUCUGAUCGUCCGAUCAUAUUCUGCUGCCGAUAGUCUGGAUAAAUACGAUCAAACAUAUUUUGGAACUAUCCAGCGAGUAAUCGAAGACAUUGCCGAGUCGGAACCACCAGCAAGUGAAGCAGCACUUAUUGUCCCUAAAAGAAUUAGAAUUUUCAUGGGAAGAUUAAUAAGAGAAGGUCCUUCAGCAAUUAUCUCCACUCUACCCAAUUUGAAGGGUAAAUUAUCUUUCCUGGAAAGUCUACGCCAGGUUAUUAUCUGGAUUCUUGAAGAUGUUCUAUGGGAUUUUGAGCUUCCAAAUGAAAUUAAAACGAUGCUGGUCGAGACAAUCAAUUCUCUAAAUCCAACUAUUUUCCAAGCAAACGUUAAAAAAUUAGUAGAUCUAAGUGAGAGUUGGUCUUCUAUUGAAACAGAUGAGGAGGCGAUCAAAUCAUCAACUAAACUAUUCUAUCAGCUUAUGUUUACUACAAAUAAAGAAAACAUUUGGUCUCGAUACGCACAAAUCUGGCAGUUAUGGUUAACACGUUUCAUGAUUGACUCACAGCGAUGGAUAUUUCUUGAAGGUUUGCCAAAUGACCCAAAGAACAAGGUUGAUAGUUAUUAUGAUAUUGAAAUUGACGAUCAAUGUAACCGAUACGCGAUACAAGUACUCAUCAACAACAAAAUUAUGCCCAAUUGGUUUCAACUUGAUAAUCUUGAAUCAAUUCGAGAGAAGGAAAUUUCAUCAUCAAAUCAGCUUGCAUUCAAAAACACUGGUGACUCGAUUUUGCGGGGUGAUUGGGAAAUUUUAACAGGAACAAUAUUCUGGACUCGGAUUAUGCUUUGUAAUUGCAACAAAACUCUAACCGAUCAAUGUAGCUUGUAAAUGUAUAAAUCUCUCCAAAGACAAAUGGAAUUGUUGGCGAUAUUCUUAAUAAUCUGUCAUGUAAUCUGAACUUCAAAA